CAGUCAAUGCCUUGGUGUCAAUCACCCAGCGUGGAGCCAAUCAGCAGGGGCCCUGCACUCUGCCUGCUAGUAUUUGGGAUAGUGUGGUGGUGUGCGCGCUGCGAGCAGGGUAAACAUUCUCCAGUCCCCGCUCUGUGAGGGAGGGACACACUGAGCUGACACAGACACACAGGGGGGAGGCUGAUCCCCAAAUCCAGACAACUUCCCUGGAGUUAGUGUGUGAAGGAGGGAGCCCAGCUAACAGCCUGGCAUUGUAGUUACCCCGCCUGGCACUGGAGAUACCCCGCCUGGCACUGGAAGUACCCCGCCUGGCACUGGGAGGAUGUGCAGGACUGUAGUUUGGAGCCGGAGGUGACCGGGCACCCAGCCUGCUCAGGAAGGACAAGUUCAGCCGAUGCAGGAGGGGCAGCGCUACCCCAGCAAGUUUGGGACGGGAGAUCCGGGAAAGUUGUUGAGAGAGCGGUCAGUGCCCGGGGGAGCCGGCCGGUCCCAGUGAGGGAGGCUCGGUGCAGCAGGUGAAGUGAUCGCUGAGUGGAGGCAGGAGGGGGGGCUCACUCACUGGGCUCAUCCUCCAAGGACAAAACUGCAUCUCAAGGGGGAGCCGUACACCGGGUGCGGGGCAGGAGAGCACGCAGCCCCCAGCCUGUGGAUCCCGAGCGGCCGGGGGGAAGCGAUGGCCACGGCGGCUUCUAACCCCUACCUCCCCGGCAGCAGCAUCCUGUCCCCGGGCUCCAUCGUGCACUCGGACUCGGGGGGCGGAGGGGGGAUGCAGCCCGGCAGCGCGGCCGUCACCUCGGUGUCAGGCGGCUACCGGGGGGACCCCUCCAUCAAGAUGGUGCAGAGCGACUUCAUGCAGGGGGCCAUGGCGGCCAGCAACGGGGGGCACAUGCUGAGCCACGCCGCCCACCAGUGGGUCACGGCGCUGCCACACGCCGCGGCGGAGGCGGGCUCGCCCUGGUCCAGCAGCCCGGUGGGGAUGACGGGCAGCCCGCAGCACCCGCAGCAGCAGCAGCAGGACGUGAAAGGAGGAGCCGGGAGGGACGAGCUGCACCCGGGGGCCGCCCUGCACCACCGACCGCCUCACCUCGGAGCGCACCAGGGACACCCGGGCGGCUGGGGGGCCAUCCAGUCCAUGGCCAGCGGGGCGCAGCAACAGCAGCAGCAGCAACAGCAACAACAAGCCCUGCUCUACUCCCAGGCCGGGGCUUUCACUGUGAACGGCAUGCUGAGCCCUCCCCCGGGGAGCCAGAGCCUCGUCCACCCGGCCCUGGUCAGGGGAGACACGCCGGAGCUGGGGGAGCACCCCGGACACCACCACCAUCACCACCACCAGCACCAGCAGCAUCACCAGCAGCAGCCACAGCAGCACCACGCCGGGGUGAACAGCCACGACCCCCACUCCGACGAGGACACCCCGACCUCGGAUGACCUGGAGCAGUUCGCCAAGCAGUUCAAGCAGCGGAGGAUAAAGCUGGGCUUCACCCAGGCGGACGUGGGCCUGGCCCUGGGCACCCUGUACGGCAAUGUCUUCUCCCAGACCACCAUCUGCAGGUUCGAGGCGCUGCAGCUCAGCUUCAAGAACAUGUGCAAGCUGAAACCCCUGCUCAACAAGUGGCUGGAGGAGGCCGACUCGUCCACGGGGAGCCCCACCAGCAUAGACAAGAUAGCCGCCCAGGGCAGGAAGAGGAAGAAGAGGACCUCCAUCGAGGUGAGCGUCAAGGGGGCCCUGGAGAGCCACUUCCUCAAAUGUCCCAAACCCUCAGCUCAGGAGAUCACCAACCUGGCUGACAGUCUGCAGCUGGAGAAGGAGGUGGUCAGGGUCUGGUUCUGCAACCGGAGGCAGAAGGAGAAGAGGAUGACCCCACCGGGGAUCCAGCAACAGACGCCGGAUGAUGUCUACUCCCAGGUGGGUACAGUGGGAGCUGACACGCCGCCCCCUCACCACGGGAUGCAGACUAGUGUGCAAUGACUGGAGUGGGCGCCCAGCAGCUGUCUGACCAGGGAAGACACGGGAGGACCUCAUCACUCACAGCCACACUCACCUAGACUGCUGGUUUUUUAUAAAUAGCUCUAUAAAUACAGAUACAAACCUCCAGAGAGAAAGAGAGAGAGAGUCACAUCCACAGAACGAGAGCAAAUGUGUAGGUACUGCUGAGGCACAAGGGUGGAGAUGCAGAAUGCACCAAAAAAAAAAUAACUGCAGAUGUUCCUUUUUAAUAUAUAUAUUAUAUUUUUAAUAUUGUUUUUAUUUGCCUUAUGACGUCCACCCAGUUACAUCUAUGGAUUUCCCCACUGUCAAUUUUUUACCCUCUUUUGCUCCUAAGACCACGCAAUAUGUUUUGCUCAACACAAGACAAACAAUAGGCACGUUUAUUCUUUUUAUAUAUAUAUAUAAAUAUAUUUUAUUUUUGUCUGGUGAUCCCCAAAAGUAAAUGAUCGAGAGUGGCCUGUUUGUGCUGCUAGCUGGGAUUGCAGCAUUCACAAGUCGUGUUUCCCUGCCUACUAGUCGUACAUUGGGAACAAAAUCUGAUUGCAUUGAAAGCCAAGCAAUUAAAUCUACAUAUAGCACUAACAUGACUGUAAAACAAGCUUUGGAAUAUACCCAUACUGGGAAAAAAAGCAAGCUAAAAAAAAAACAGCAACACAGUCACAAUAACAACACAGGGGUUAGAUUUUGGGUACCUUGACUUUAUGCUCCACACCAGCCAACUGUAUCAAGAAGAGGAAUCAUCCUAUGAUGUCAAAAUCUUUUUUUUUUUUUUUAAAUCAUUUUGGUGGCAUUUUGUAAUUUCAGAACUUUUAAAAAAAAAAAAAGCUUUCCCUAUUUUUUUUUUUUCAAAAUUAUUUUUUGGACUGAUUCCCAUUAACAAAAAAAAAUGGUUUAGGGAAAUAAAAAAAUAAUAAUAAAAAAAAAGACAUCUGCAGCUGCACUUAUGGUAACUUCCCUUCACCUAAAUACGUUGCCAGUAGGAAUGGGUGCUGAGGAUGACAAUAUAUAUAAUACUGCAAUUUCCAAGCAGUGUUUCUUUUUGGUAGUGUUUUAAUAAACAGACUUACAAAUAAACAAACAGACAAAAAAACGUUAAACAUGUUAGAUCGGUUGCUGAUCUAAAAAAAAAAUUUGCUUUAUAUUUUCAUCAAAUGACUCCUUUUAAUAUUUUAUUCAGAAUACCUAUGAACUGCUGCAAAACGGUAAUUUAUUUUUCCCCAAAAUCUUGUAUUAAGUGUUGUUUAAAAUAUUCAUUUUCUUUGUUUUGUUUUUGUUUAUUUUUUUAUUUCAACGAGCACAAAUCAAAAUUUGAGAAAGAAGUAUGGACAGUUAGAUUGAAAUGGUCUCUUUUGAUGUGAUCAUCUGAUUGUAAUUUAAUUUUAGUAGUGGUUCCUUUACGAAAAGAUUGAGAAAAAUAAAUUUGUUAGAAAUGGCGGAAAAUCUGUGUCUGAUGCAUAAAACAGAUAUUGGUGGAUAAAAGUGAUUUCAGGCAAAACAUGUGUUCAGAUUUUAUUUUCUAUUGAAUAUUGGGAGUAGGUGUGAGAAUUAUUAAUGUUUCUUAGAUUUUUUUCAGUGUUUUUUUUUUCUAGCAACAGACAUUUAAGUCAUCCUCAAACUUUUACCAUAUUAUCAAUACUUCCCUAAUGAAAAAAAAAUGUAUGAGUGUUUUUAAAAAAAAAAAAAUCAAACCGAUUCAAAUGUCAUAUGUGUUUACAAGUAGCAUAGCACCUACGUGCAAAUAGAAUUGGUUUGCCUAUUUCUGUUGAAUUUAUUAAAAAAGUGUCCAUUACAUGGCUCCCUAAAUAUAGACUCAUUCAUUAAAAUGUCAUCAUUGACAUUCUACACACAUUAACAUUCAAUAGAUGGCUUAAUAAGUGUGUUGGAAUUGCACUGUUCAUAGUGUGAAUUAUAUUUGUGGUUUUUAUAUUGCGUUUCUGGGAUUGCAUUGCGAAUUUCAUUAGGGCUGUUUCUAUUUUUUUUCUUUGUCCCAUAUCCAUUUGUGUAUUGCUAGGUUGAACCUUGAACAGACCGGUUACACUGUAUUCUUCAUACCGUGCAUUAACCCCUGACAAUAUUUACUAUCACCUCUAUGUUGAAAUUACUGCAAAUCUGUCUGUGCAAUAAUCUGUACAAAGAACCUCAGAUUUUUGUUUUCUUUUUCUUUUUUGGUAACGUUGAUACAAAUAUACAUUGUGUAUUGUGUACUGAUUAUUACAUGGAAGGGGCACAUUCAAUUUGAACUCUUUCGGUGCCCAUUUUGCCCUCACCCACUGCCACUCAAAAGCUUAAAGAGUGUGUGUGUGUUUGUGUGAGUGUGUGCGUGUUUAUGUUUUCCUUGGUAAAGAGCAAUAUGCAGAGCAGGCUUCCAACCAAUAGAUUUUUUUUUUUUUUGUCGCUCCUAGGCCUCAUGUCAUUUGUGUAAAUACCAAGCAAACAGAUCGUAUUGUUCUGAAAAGCUUUAAUAUGUUUAUUAUUAUUUUUUAUUUUAUCUCUCAGGCUGACCACUUACAUUUUGCAUAUAUUUCGUAACCCGAGGGAUCUGUUCUAUGUUAUGUCCAUGUCAAUAGGAAUAAUAUCUGUCUGCUCUACGUUUAUGUGCCUGAAACAUGUUUUUCUAUGUACGUGUGUGUGUAUGUGUAUGUGUGUGUGUGUGUGUGUGUGUGUAUUUUGUUGUCAUUUUUUUUUAAGUAUAACCUGGUUGAUGAUCCCUCAGCAGUCAGAUGUGUUAGGAUGUGGUCUCUAUUCACACAUGAGCUAAAAUCCUAUUUUUCACACAUGAAGUGUAGAGGUUUAUGAUACAGGGAGUCGCUUUAUAUGAAAGACUUAGAAGCACUUAGUGACUGGGUUUAAAUUGCUACCAGUGCUGCCUUUUUGGGGCUUUACGUUGCUGUGUGUUAAGAGAUUUGUGAUCCACACCAGCAAUCCCACGAUUGACACUUGUCAAUGUUUAGUUUAUCUCUUGUGCUGUGCCAAUAAUUUCUGCAAUAAUAUCACCUUUGUCCUUUGUCAUGCAGUGAAUUGUGCUGGAAUUUGGAAUAAAUGCGUUGUUAAUUAAGCGGUGUAUGGGGGUUUUGCUGUCCCUUCACCUCAUUAUGACAUUUGUAAAUAGUCAAUAUAUCCAUUAUUUGUUGUUUUUAUCCUUGCUUUGCUAGUUCGGGAAAUCUAAUACCUGAAAAAUAGCAAAGAGGAAGGACAUGAAGCUGAUUAACAUACUCUAUGGGGCUUAUUCGCUAAACAGUGAAUUGUAGUGCAUUCUAAACCGAAUUGUAUUUUUUUUUUUUUUUUUUUAAAUACACAAAGUAGCCUAGGUGCAAAUUUAGUUGAGUUGUAAAAUGUUGUUAUCCUUAGUUAUUUUAAUCUAAAUUUAUCACCUUGGAUUUUUAUCUCACCACAAUUCACUGCUUAGUAAAUCGACCUCUGUGUGUGGGUUCUCUGUUCCCACUAGUAUACAUAACCACUCUGACCAUGUUUAACCAUUGGAAAGAGCCACUUUGUGUGAUGGAUCUAGCUGAGCAUCACCUGACUAGGUGUUAUAGAUCUCCAGGAGGCGGUGUGAUAAAUAUUUCCCCUUUCUCCUCACCCCACCCCCACCCCACCAACUCACUUCAUACUUAAAUAAUGAAUGGUUUGUAAUGACAACUGUAAAAAUUCCACUACCG